ACGCCGACGCCUCGCCCGUGCGGGCGGAGGAAGCCAGGGCAGAGCGCAGCGAUUUCCCGGCGUGCGCCGCGCUGCUCCCUCCCCUCCCGGCCGCGGGUGGGUGGGCCGGCGGCUCCGCGGCUGUAAUGGCGGCUGGCGGCGGCUCGGCGCUGCUCUGACACCCGGAUACUGCCUAGCGUAGCUCCCCCUCCUAUUCCCCGCGCCCGGCCCGCCCCCUCCUCCCCGCCCCAGCCAGCUCCGCUCACCCCCUCCCUGGCCCCUGCACAGGCCCCCACCGCGGGACGAGGAGGAGGGCUCCCCGCAGACAAUGGACGAGCACCCCGGAGCCGGAGGAGGCGGUGGGAUGGCGGCCGCCCCGAGACCGCAGCAGCCACCCCUGCAGGCGGGUGGGAACAUGAACCUGCAGUCGAGUGGGGGCUGCGUGGGGGUUGGAGCCGGAGGAGGUGGAGGGCAGCAGCCCCAGGGCCCCUCGGCCCCGACUGGUCAGGAGGCGGCGGGCCCUGCCGAGCUGUCCCGGCCCCAGCACUACACCAUCCCGGGGAUCCUACACUACAUCCAGCACGAAUGGGCACGCUUCGAGAUGGAGAGGGCGCACUGGGAGGUGGAGCGGGCCGAACUUCAGGCUCGGAUUGCGUUUUUACAAGGGGAAAGGAAGGGUCAAGAAAAUUUGAAGAAAGACUUAGUGAGAAGAAUAAAAAUGUUAGAAUAUGCAUUAAAACAAGAAAGAGCAAAGUAUCAUAAAUUAAAAUAUGGCACAGAACUGAACCAAGGGGACUUGAAAAUGCCAACUUUUGAAUCAGAAGAAACCAAAGAUAUGGAGGUUCCUGCAGUACCUCAAAAUAGCCAAUUGACCUGGAAGCAAGGCAGACAGUUACUGAGACAGUAUCUUCAGGAAGUAGGUUACACAGAUACGAUAUUGGAUGUACGCUCCCAGCGGGUAAGGUCUUUGCUUGGGCUCUCCAAUUCAGAACCAAAUGGUUCGGUAGAGACAAAGAACUUAGAACAGAUCCUCAAUGGGGGUGAAUCCCCUUCAUCAAAACAAAAGGGACAGGAAAUCAAAAGGAAUUCUGGUGAUGUUCUUGAAACAUUUAACUUCUUGGAAAAUGCAGAUGAUAGUGAUGAAGAAGAAGAGAGUGAUAUGAUAGAAGACAUAGCAGAAGGAAAAGAAAAGCACCGGAUAAAUAAGAAACACAAAAUUGGUAAUGAAGGUUUAGCUGCUGACCUUACAGAUGACCCUGAUACUGAAGAAGCUUUGAAGGAAUUUGAUUUUUUAGUGACAGCUGAAGAUGGUGAGGGAGCUGGAGAAGCUCGAAGUUCAGGAGAUGGAACAGAGUGGGACAAAGAUGACCUGUCCCCAACAGCUGAGGUUUGGGAUGUAGACCAGGGACUAAUAAGUAAACUGAAGGAACAGUACAAGAAGGAACGAAAGGGGAAGAAAGGGGUAAAGAGAGUCAACAGGACAAAACUUCACGACAUGAUAGCUGAUCUGGGCGAUGAUGAGAUACCCCACAUCCCUUCAGGAGUCAUUAAUCAAUCUAGGUCACCCUCUUCUAGAAUGACUGAUCAUGAAGGUGCAAGAGCAGAGGAAGCUGAGCCAAUAACGUUUCCACCUGGAGGAGGCAAGUCAUUUAUUAUGGGUUCUGAUGAUGUGUUGUUAAGUGUACUGGGCCUUGGAGACCUUGCAGACUUGACAGUAACAAAUGAUGCAGACUAUAGUUAUGAUCUGCCAGCUAACAAAGAUGCCUUCCGAAAAACAUGGAACCCUAAAUACACGCUACGCAGCCAUUUCGAUGGAGUGCGGGCACUAGCUUUUCAUCCUGUAGAGCCUGUGCUGGUUACAGCCUCUGAGGACCAUACUCUAAAACUGUGGAACUUACAGAAAACGGUUCCUGCCAAAAAGAGUGCCUCUUUAGAUGUAGAACCCAUCUACACAUUUAGGGCCCACAUUGGACCUGUCUUGUCAUUGACAAUUAGUUCCAAUGGAGAACAGUGUUUCAGUGGUGGUAUUGAUGCAACCAUCCAGUGGUGGAACAUGCCUAGCCCUAACGUGGAUCCAUAUGAUACCUAUGAGCCAAACGUUCUAGCUGGCACACUAAUUGGUCAUACAGAUGCAGUCUGGGGUCUUGCUUACAGUGGUGUAAAGAAUCACUUACUAUCUUGUUCAGCAGAUGGCACUAUUAGAUUAUGGAACCCACCAGAAAAAAUGCCCUGUAUUUGCACUUACAAUGGAGAGAAAGAGCAUGGAAUACCUACAUCAGUUGACUUUAUAGGUUGUGACCCUGCUCAUAUGGUGGCAUCUUUUAACACUGGCAGCACAGUCAUCUAUGAUUUAGAAACAUCCCAGUCAGUGGUAAUGCUUUCAUCACAAAUAGAAUCUGGUGUACAAUCAAAUAAUCAUAUUAACAAGGUAGUAAGUCAUCCUACACUUCCUGUAACUAUUACAGCACAUGAAGAUAGACACAUCAAAUUUUUUGACAACAAAACGGGUAAAAUGAUCCAUUCUAUGGUUGCUCACUUGGAUGCUGUUACAAGUCUAGCUGUAGAUCCGAAUGGAAUCUAUUUAAUGUCUGGAAGCCAUGACUGUUCCAUUAGAUUAUGGAAUUUGGACAGCAAGACAUGUGUGCAAGAAAUAACGGCUCAUAGGAAAAAGCUGGAUGAAUCAAUUUAUGAUGUAGCAUUUCAUCCAUCAAAAGCAUAUAUUGCCAGUGCAGGAGCUGAUGCCCUGGCCAAAGUAUUUGUGUGACACAGCAGAACAAACCUGUGUCAUAACAGCAGGUCUGUUUGGACAAAAAAGAGGGAAUGCGUCACUGCCAUCAAAUGAUAAGGUUACCAAUAAGACACUACAUCUGAUCUGCCUUGGUGAAGGCUCUUAUGUGGGGCAGGUGUAAGUUGGUGAGAAGUCACCACGUUUUGAACAAUGUCAGGCUCACUCAUUUAACUGUAAUUACUGUACCGGGGGGUGGGGAGAAAUACAAAUAAAGAAAACCAGUAUUUGUAGCCUUGACUGGAUAUGAACUGAGCGUAUGUCUGUUCUUUAGGUGUCUUUAAGCAAACGUGGAGUCUGAUCUUACAAAAGACUUUUAUUUUGGACUCUGUGUGCUGCCUUAGGGUUAGGAAUGUGGUGCUCUUGUGGGGGGAAGUGAGCUCCAAGAGUAGCUUUCUUUUCAUCUCUUAGUAAUCUUCUGUUUAUCAGUUGAAUGCCACAGAUUCCCCUUUUAAACUUUUAUUUUGCUUUAAAGAAAAGGAAAUUUAACUUAAGAUAUUUUAGCAUUAGUUGCACAAAAUGUUUGGAUAAAAUUCUAGUUUUUAUAAGUCUUUUUAUAUAUUUAGCCUGUCACAACAGUGCUCAAGAUUGUAUUGAUAAUGUUUUUCUGCAUUAUAGAACCCUAAAACACAGAGAUCUCACUGACCCGCUGCCGUGUAACCACACUCUUCCCUUCUUUUGCCUAAUACAGCUCAGCUAAGUCCUUGCAUAAGGAUGCUAAUUCAUCAUCAUUGCAUAACUGUCUUUAUAAAUAAAGGACUGUAAAAAGUGUUCAGAUGAAACACAGAGGGGUUAACACCCCCAAAAUGAACUCUUUAAGAAAAAAAAAAUUAAAAAAAUUAAUCUUGGCAUCCUAUCACUAUGUGAUAUUUUGUACAUCUUACUGUAUUUACGAGUUUAUUUAUCAAGGAUUACCCAUCUUGCUAAUGGCCUAUUGUUAUUUAUUUCACUUUUUGUUGGUCUUUAUAUCCUUUUAUGUAGUGUGUUAAAGGGCCCUGUAUAUCUGUUAUGGCACUCUUUGAACAGUUUAAAACAGGUGAGAAAAUGGGACAUUUGGUGAUUUUAAAUUACAAACCAAGAAGUUUAUUUUUCUUCUGGUUAAGUACCUGGAGUAGACUUGAUUCCAAAAACAAAAAACCAAUCUUGUCUCAGAACUUUUGGAGUGAAAAUUAUUUUUAUUUGCAUUUCAAAUAGAAUACAAAAGUAGUUGAUUCAAGAUUCAUAAACCUCUGCUGUGUUUUGACUAGUUACUCCCUGCUUUUAUUUUAUUUUCAGAUGUGCUUCAGUUUAUGGUGUAACUAAAGAUUUUUUUUGUUUGUGUAAUGCAUGAUUAAUACAAUAAAGUAUUUUUUCUAGUCUUCCACAAAACUUUUCUGAUCAGUUUGCGAGUUUUGAUGAGUUUUGUAAGGUUUCUGUUUUACAAACUAUGAAUCAGCAAAUUUUUAAGAUUGUACCACAUAGCAAAAGUACAGCUGUUGAAAAAAAUAAUGUAUAUAAAAUGCAUAUAAUAAAUAUUAAAUGGUGUACCUGUAUGUUACUGUUGGCUACAUUAUUUUGUGUUGCACAGUUUGAAAGUGUCAUUUUACAAAUUACUAAAUUAGAUCUAAAUUUUAGCAAAAUGAUAAUUUGUUUAUUAUGCUUAUAAGCUGCUUUGCUUUUGGAAAAUUGUGAUAGUUGUCUGGAUGUCAACCAACUGUUCAGUUUCAGACAGCAGUACCCACAUAUAAGAACAUGUUUCUACAAUAUUUUGAAAGAUUUGUUUUAAUAAGAACAAAUUGAAAAUUGCUAGUUUAUUCUUUGGAGCCUUUAUGAGCUUAUAGGCACACUAGUUUUCAGUAUCUCUGCAUAUGAAGUGAGUCUCAAGUGAUUUCACAGAAUCAUAGACUGGGCUGGGCUGGAAGGGACCUCCAAAGGUCAUCUAGUUGAACCCUCUGCAGUAAGCAGGGCAUCCUCAACUAGGUCAGGCUGCCCAGAGCCCUGUGGAGCCUUGCCUGGAAUAUCUUCAGAUUGAGGAACCCAGAAGAUAUUUCGUUAUUAUUUCAAAGUGUCACUUCAUGUGUUGAAUUGGAAAACAAAAUAAUGAAACCAACAUAAAAAAACCCCAAACCAAAACCCAAUAAAAACUAAUUUCUAAAUGCUCAAAAUUUGCCCAUAUAUCAAAUGUUAUUAAUUAAUCUUUGUCCUUUUCUUUGAGUCCUCCAAUAAAGAGGUGCAGAAGGGCAGGCUUUUUGCCAAAGGCCAAGAAUCCGGGUCAAUAUUUAGCUACUUUGUAAGACAGAGUCACUUUCCUGCAAGUGUGGCACCAGAAACACAACACUUGCAAUAAUGACUCAUAGAUUUUUAUAUAGAAGUCAUAUAUGUAGGUAUAAACUACCUUAAGCUAGAACAUGUUCCUAUAAGUGGUUGUAACUGUAUUGUUCCAUGUAAGUUUCCAGUUUUGCAGUGAGAAUGUAUCUCAUGCCAUCUCAUGUCAAGCAAAUUAGAUUUUUAUUUUAAAGAAAGGAAAAAAAGGUGCUUGUGGCAGGAAGAAUACUGCAGUUCUAUUAUGAAAUUAAUUUUGGGUUAGUAAUAAUGCUACAUUCUUUGAAAUGUUACAGCAAAUUUAUAAUUAUAUAAAAAUUGGAGAAUUUUGUCCUUUAUCAUAAAGAUUGAGGGUGAGGCCUUUCAGUAACUGCUUGUAGGACACUAAGACUUUACUUCUGAAAGUAACAUUCAGCUGAUUUGCACUUUUUGUUCCUUCCAGUCUAAAGCAUUCAACUAAUCAACAGACAAGAGAGUAUUUGAAUUUUAUUGGAAGUAAUUUCAUAAUCGCCUUUUCUGAAGCCAAACAUUGUUUCUGGCAGAUUUUCCAGACUGCUGCAUUUUAAUGCUUAAAUGAAAUGUGAUUGUUUAAUAAACAUUGCCAUGCAUAACA